AUGACGGAUGAUGAAAAGGCUAAGCAAAUCGUCUACAUCAGCUGCUUAGAGGAGGUGCGAUGCUCCUUCGUCAGCCACCUCUCCGAAGCUCUUCGUCGCAAAGGCAUAAACGAUCUGUUCGUGGAUUCCAACGAUCUGCUUUCCAAGGAGGCCGAGGCAGUAGUGGAGAGAGCUAGGGUUUCUGUGAUGGUUUUACCCAGAAGCCACUACCCCACCACCACGGCGUGCCUUGUCAAGCUCGGGAAGGUCCUCGAUUGCCAGAGGAACGACGACCAGGUUGUGGUUCCGGUGUUGUACGGCAAUGGCGUCACAUCAGUAGAGGACGAAUGGCGUCGCGCGCUGCAGGAUUUGAGCUGCUUAUCACCAUCUCACCAUUCCAGGAAAGAAUGCAGUGACUCUGGACUUGUUAAAGAGAUAGUCAGAGAUGGAUAUGAGAAGCUCUUUAAUGCGGGACGAAUUGGAAUCUACUCGAAGCUGCUGGAUAUAGAAAACAUGGUUAACAAGCAACCAUUGGGCAUCCGUAGUGUUGGAAUCUGGGGUAUGCCUGGUAUAGGCAAGACAACGCUUGCUAAAGCAGUCUUUGAUCAAAUGUCCGGGGAAUUUGAUGCUUGUUGUUUUAUCGAAGACUAUGACAGAGUUAUUCAUGAGAAGGGUCUUUAUCGUGUAUUGGAGGAACAAUUUUUGAAAGAGAAGCCUGCUGCUGGCUGUACCAUUUCGAAACUGAGCUUGCUUAGAGAUAAAUUAAACAGUAAGAGAGUUCUUGCUGUUCUUGAUGAUGUGCGUAAUCCUCUGGUUGCAGAGUCUUUUCUUGGAGGUUUUGACUGGUUUGGUCCCGGAAGCCUGAUCAUCAUAACCUCUAGAGAUAAACAGGUGUUUCGCCUAUGCCGAGUCAAUCAAGUAUAUGAGGUUCAGGGUUUAAAUGAGAAAGAGUCUCUUCAGCUCUUCUCUGUUUGUGCGUCUAUAAAGGAUAUGUCAGAGAAGAAUCUCCGCAAGCUGUCAAUGAAAGUGAUUAGAUACGCUUAUGGGAACCCAUUAGCUCUCACUAUUUAUGGUAAGAAAAAACUGUCAGAAGUGCAGAAUCUAUUCCUCAAACUCAAGGGACGUCCUCCUUCUGCGAUUUUUGAUGUAGUUAAGAGCAGCUAUGACACACUCAGUGACAGCGAAAAGAACAUAUUUCUGGACAUAGCUUGUUUCUUUAGGGGAGACAAAGUGGACUACGUAAUGCCACUGCUAGAGGGUUGUGAUUUCUUUCCUCAUGUUGGAGUCGACGUUCUUGUUGACAAGUGUCUGGUGACUAUUUCAGAAAACCAUUUGCAAAUGCAUAAUUUGAUCCAGGAUGUUGGCCGAGAAAUAAUUAAUGGAGAAACAAUACAUGUUGAGAGGCGCCGCAGAUUGUGGGAAACUUGGAGCAUCAAAUACUUAUUAGAAGAUCACAAAACAACUCUCAAAAGCGCUCAGGGCACUGAAGAUAUAGAAGGCAUAUUCCUUGACACAUUAAACUUAGGUUUUGAUGUCAAGCCUGCUGCCUUUGAGAAUAUGUUGAACCUUAGAUUGCUGAAAAUUUACAGUUCCAAUUCUGAGAUCCAUCCUGUAUUCAGUUUUUCCAAGGGCUUCCUCCAGUCUCUUCCUAGGGAGCUAAGACUCCUCCACUGGGAGAACUAUCCUCUGCAAUUUUUGCCUCAGAAUUUUGAUCCUAUGCACCUAGUUGAAAUCAACAUGCCGUACAGCCAACUUCAUAAACUUUGGGGCGUGACCAAGAACAUGGAGAUGUUGAGGACGAUCAGGCUUUGUCAUUCACAGGAACUAGUUGAUAUUGACGAUAUUUUAAAAGCUCAAAAUCUUGAGGUAAUUGAUCUCCAAGGUUGUACAAGACUGCAGAGUUUCCCAGCCACAGGUCAAUUGCUGCAUCUACGGGCUGUAAAUCUUUCAGGUUGUACAGAAAUCAAAAUUUUCCCUGAGGUUCCACCAAAUAUUGAGACACUGCAUCUGCAGGGAACUGGGAUAAGAGGACUACCACUUUCCAUUGUUAAGCCGAAUGGCGGGGAGCUUGAGAGUCUUCUAGCAGAAUUCCAGGGUCUUUCAGAUGCCUUGAAACUUCAGCGUGUAACAAGUUUGGUGAAAUCUAGCUCAUAUUGUCAAGAUCUUGGCAAGCUAAUUUUCUUGGAUCUGAAAGAUUGUUCUCGUUUGCAAAGUCUGCCUGACAUGAGUAAUUUAGAAUUUCUCAAAGUUCUUGAUCUGUCUAGCUGCUCAAAGAUCGAGACUAUUCAGGGUUUCCCACCAAACCUGAAAGAGUUAUAUAUUGCUGGCACUGCGUUUCCUAUGCAUUACACAUUCAGUAAUUGUUUCGAUCUAUCUCCACAAAUGGUCAACGAUUUUUUAGUGAAAGCAUUGGCUAAUGUAAAACACAUACUAAUGAAAGAGCAUCCAAAGAAACUCAACAAAGCUCUGGCUUUCAGCUUCUGCGUGCCCUCUCAUGUGAAUCAAAAUUCCAAUCUUGAUCUGCAACUAGGAUCUUCUGUAAUGACACGACUAAAUCCUUCUUGGAAGAGUACGCUUGUGGGCUUUACUAUGCUGGUGGAAGUUGCAUUUUCAGAGGACUAUCAUGAUGCUACUGGUUUUGGCAUUUGUUGUGUUUGCAGAUGGAAAAACAAGGAAGGCCACCCUCAGAGGAUACAAAGAAAUUUUCAUUGUUGGGCUGCAGGGAAAGAUACUCCAAAAGUCCAGAAGGACCACAUGUUUGUCUUCUCUGAUGUCAAAAUGCAUCCAAGCACUAGCGAAGGAAACAACCCCAAUAUCUUAGUUGAUUUAGUUGUAUUUGAAUUCUUUCCUAUCAGCAAGCAGAUGAAGCUUCUAGAUGAUACUUGCACAGUGACAAGAUGUGGAGUCCGUGUAAUUACUACUCCAACUGGUAAUACAAGUCUUGAGCAUAUUUCAGCAGGUUUGUCCUUGGAUCCAGUGCAGUUUUCUGGUGAUGAAGUUGAAGAAGUAUUGAGAGUCAGCUAUGAUCCAACUGGCAAUGCAAAUCCUAAGAAUAUUUCAUCACUUUUUUCCUCGGAUACAGUAGAGUUUCCUGGUAAUGAAGUAUUGAGAGUCAGCUAUGAUCCAACUGGCAAUACAAGCCUUGAGGAUUUUUCAUUGCCUUUGUCCUCAGAUCCAAUGGAGUUUUCUGAUGAUGAAGUAUUUAGAGUCAGGUAUGAUCCAACUGGCAAUGCUAGUCUUGAGAUUAUUUCAUCACUUUAUCCCUCGGAUCCAAUGGAGUUUUCUGAUGGUGAAGCUGAAAAAGUAUUGAGAGUCAGCUAUGAUCCAGCUGGCAAUACAAGUCUUGAGGAUUUUUCAUUGCCUUUGUCCUCAGAUCCAAUGGAGUUUUCUGAUGAUGAAGUACUUGGAGUCAGCUAUGAUCCAACUGGCAAUGCAAAUCUUGAGAAUAUUUCAUCACUUUAUCCCUCGGAUCCAUUGGAGUUUUCUGGUAAUGAUGUAUUGAGAUUCAACUAUGAUCCAACUGGCAAUGCAAGUAUUGGGAUUAUUUCACCAGUUUUGUCCUCGGAUCCAAUGGCGUUUUCUGAUAAUGAAGUUGAAAAAGUAUUUAGAGUCAGCUAUGAUGGUUUACACCAAAGAGAUAAAGCUUUAUUUCUUUACAUAGCGUGUUUGUUCAAUGACGAGGACGUUGAUUUGGUGGCACCACAUAUUGCUAGCAUUGACGUCAACAUAAGUUUUGGGCUUAAGGUCUUAGCCGAUAAGUCUCUCAUAUGUCUAUCUUCCAAUGGGGAAAUAGUGUUGCAUUGUUUGCUACGACAAAUGGGUAAAGAAAUCCUCCAUAGAUUGUCCAUGCUGCAUUAUAGCUCGGAAUAUUUAACCAGAGGUUUUAAAGAGGUCUCUAUGGCUUCUUCUUCGUCUCACAAUUGGAAAUAUGAUGUUUUUCCGAGCUUCAGUGGGCAAGAUGUCCUCAGAAACUUCCUAAGCCACUUGAUUGUAGUUCUCGAAUUCAGAUUAAUCACUACAUUUAAAGAUGUUGAGAUAGAAAGAGACCAGCCAACUAACCUUCACCUUUCACAAGUUAUGCGAGAGUCAAGGAUCUUGAUCAUAGUGUUCUCAGAAAACUACGCUUCUUCAAGCUGGAUCCUGAACGUGCUGGUGGAGAUUGCCGAGAGCAAGGAAGAGUUGGGUCAAAUGGUGAUACCGAUUUUCUACUAUGUGGAUCCUUCGGAUGUUAUGAAACAGACGGGGGAAUUUGGAAGGCUAUUGGAACAAACUUGCAUGAACAAAACGGAGGAUGAGAAACAACGAUGGUGCCAAGCUUUGAUCAACAUAGCAAGAAUACCUGGAUACCACUAUCGUGGCUGGAAUGACGACGCAGUCAUGGUGGAAAAAAUUGUCAGUGAUGUGACUCCUAUCCUCUACGAGUACAAGAGGAAAAAGAGAGCCCAAGAGGAGGCCGUAAGCAUUUUGGACACACUAGCAAGUAUUAGGGACUUGCUAGGUGGGCUUCAGCUUGGGUAA